AUGGCAGCUUCGUCAACAUUCAGCUUCGCAGUCACAGCUUUGCUCCUUGUAGCCAUAUUGAUCAUUUCCCCCUUUCAACUAGGAAAGGCAGACGAGGAAGCGCCUUACAUAGACGUGGGCAGCAAUGGAGUUUCUGGAAGCACAUCGUCUUCUUCUUCGAGCAGCAGCAAUAAUGACAACGAUCCAGCAGAAAUGGUCGCUAAAGCUAUGCUCUGUUUCAACAACAGGGGAAUUUACAGAAGCUGCGACGAGGACUUCAGAUUGAACGAGAGCGGGAGACUGGGAGUUCCAUUGGAGCAAGUGGAUGCCUACUGCGGCGGUUCUUGCUUGACGGAGACCAACAUGGUGCUCGAUUGCCUUGAAGGGAUUAUGAAGAAUUUCAGAUUCUACAACACCGCCACGAUCAAGGACAUUAAGGACACUGUUUCUGCGGGAUGCAGCGAUGGACCUGAGAGAGGGAAUUUCGAUGUGUCUGAGCAUCUCGAGGCGUCUGAAUCUACUGUUUUGAAGGGUGCAAGUUGGGGUUUGUGUGCUAUUGGUUACUUGAUUGCCGGCCGAGCUUUGCUCCGUUGGUGAUUUGGGAGGCAGAGGUUGUUUGGUGGGAUUUUUUAGGGUUUUGGGAGGGAUUAUAGUAUAAGUGGGUAUUGUUUUUGGUUUAGUAUAUGGAGUGUGGAAAUUGAUUGCAUUAUUGUGUAUUG